AUGGGUGGAGGAAAAUUCCGUCAUCGUACAAGUAACAAAGGAGCAGCGAAGUUCAAUUCUGGAUCAGCAUGUGAAAGCAAUCCAACAAGAAGCAAGCAUCGUUCAGCUGCGACCGCUGCUCGCAAUGCUUCCUUUGGUGGAGCUGGUAUGUUGGCCGUUGAAGAUCGACCAAUGAAUUUAGCAGCUGAUGAUAUGCUCUCUGCAUUGCCUAUUCAUUCAAUGGACAUCGGUUCUUCAAAAAGUAUGGUUUCGGAAGGUGGUAUUUCGAAGCUUUCCGGAUUUACGGCCUGUACCAAUCCAGCAUUCGACUCUGUUAAUCGUGUUUGGAAAUCUGGGUCCUCUAUUCAAGCAGAGGUUGUCUCGGUUUUGGCAGCAAUCGCUGAGGUCAUCAAAGAGCGGGAUGGAAAGGAAACGGAUGUCGAAUACUGUGCUGCAUUAAUGACCGCUCUUGAAGGAUCAUCACUUGGAAAUCCCAGACGUACCGCUGCGAUUGCCUACCUUUUGCAUUUGAUUGUGAGAAAAGUUCCGAAGGAAGUUCUUCAAGCUCAAUUUCACAGAUUCGUGCAGAUCCUCUACACAAAGCUGCUGGAAAAUGUUGACAGUACUGAAGGAUCAGCACUGAAAAAUCUAAUUUCGGUGCUUGGUAUUAUUCUUCGUGCUCAACAAGCUUCUGUUUGGGCGAGCGCUAAUACAAGAAAUAUGCUCGUCUCUGUAGCUGCUCUGGCUGCUCACGACAAGCCUUGGGUUCGUACAAUGGCUCGUCGCGUCAUUCGUGCUGUACUGACCGACCCUGUAACUGCAACGGACAAUGGGCUUCAUCCGGCAAGUGGUGCAGUUGGGCAAUUGAUAUUGAAUCACAUCGAAAACUUUUUGGGCCGCUCGAAUGGAGACAACACCAACGUAGUUAGGUAUUUGUGUCUUCUCGAAGGCGUUAUGCAUAAAAUGCCUGCAAAUCUCUUCAAAAAGAUGGCUGAAUCUAUGCUGAAAUGCUUUGCUAUUUCUGAUUCGAUGGUGAAAUGUUCAUCUCUUCAAUGUCUGCACCGCGCACUUCAACGUCAGCCAUGUGACUCUGCACUCCCUACCGAGACAAAUGCAUUACUACUCACCGCUCUCCGCCAAUUAGGAUCAUCAGUAACGGAUGUCACAGUUACAGCAUAUUGGAUGCAAGCGUUGGCAGAAGCACAUGUCUGUCUUACAGCAAAAGACAGCAAAAAGUCUGUUCAACAAGCGUUCCAAACUCUCCCACUAUUUGUCAAGAUAUUCGAAUCUGGAAACGAACAACUUGCUCAAGUAACCUAUCAAUCCUUGACGCGUGUCAUUGAAAACAGCAUACAAGACGACUCCGACUGUGGAAAAUUCUUAUUAGCACAACUGCACGCCGCCAUGACAAUGAAAUCAGCAUCUGUCUGGAAAUUCAUACUUCGAGCACAGAUGAAGUUAUAUGAAACAUGUGGCGAUGGACUACAAGGAUCGGAGCUCACAAAAGUGCUGGAAGAUCUUGCCAGACUGAGACAAUCUGAUGACUGCUUCUGCAAAACUGAACUAGAUUUUACUAUUGGAGCUGCUGUUCGUCACAUUGGCGUGGAACACGUGAUGAAAGUUUUAUCACUGGAUGUGGAUCCUGAUGCAGCUAUUCUCUCUACCGAUUUCACUCGUUCCUGGCUUCUUCCGGUUCUUCGUGUAAACAUCCAUAAUGCCCCAAUAUCUCUCUUUAUCUCUCAUUUUCUUCCAAUUGCGAUGAAAAUUCACCGACGUCUUCCAACGCUCCAAGCGCAAGUUCAAAGGCUCUACAGUACGUUCCAAUUUCAACUCUGGGAACUGCUACCAUCUUUCUGCGAGUCACCUGCAGAUCUCGAGACAUCGUUCCCAGACAUUGCCCCUAUUCUUGGAGCUGCUUUAAAUGAAAGAAAAGAUCUUCGAAUGACUGUUCUGAAUGCGAUAAGACGUGCACUCCGAUUCUCGCUCGAGCCUGAUGCACCGCCGGAGAGGAUGGAAGUUAUAAGUCGUUAUGCAAAAAAUUUCAUGCCGAUUUUCUUCAAUAUGUACACCGGGUCGAUUACGGACGGUGGUUACGAUGACAAAGGAGUUCGACUUUCGGUUCUCGAAGCAAUUCGAUUGUACACUGAAGUCACUCCUGCUGAUUUGGUUACCCGUUAUGUGGACAGUGCUAUCGCAAAAUCAAAAGAAAGUGAAGAAUCAUCCUCGGCUACAACUGCAUCACAAAAACAAGCCCGUGUUCUAGAUAUUCUUUGUGCAUUAGCUAAAGUUGCGGAAAAUGACAACGUCUCUAAAAUUUUGGAUACAAUCCUGCCGUGGUUCAACUCUAUUGAUGUUAAUGGUGUUCAAAAGAAAGCUUACCGAAUCUUAGAAGAAGUCAUCCAACGUAGAUCUAAUCCUGAGAUUGAACAUCUCCUGGAGACACGUAACGACUAUGUGGAAAAUGCUUUGUUCAAGCCGAUCGCAUCAAUCAGUUUUCCUGCAAGAGCGUCAUACUGUUCCUGUGUCCAUAUGCUUUUUGAUGGAUGUCGAUCCAUGAAGGAAGUUACUGAUCUGACUGAAAAACUCAUUGUCAACAUUAUAAUGCUUCUUGACAAGGAUAACAACGUGCAUACCCGUACAAAUUCAAGCAAAUGCAUUCAAUUUGUUUGCAGUAAAAUUCUCGAUAUGGUUGAGGAUCCAACAAUUGACACCCCAUCGGCUGCACUUGAACCCGUGCUCUCAAAACUCUACGAGCUUACAACUCUCACUAGUUCUCAAAAAACGACUGGUGAUAUUGCUUUGAACGUAGCCAGAUCGUGUUUAGUUGCAGCAAACAUCAUUGCUCAAAAGCAGAUAAAAAUUCUCAACACAAUUGCAACAUCCAAGAUGAUUUCUUUCGCUUGCUCGUGGAUUGGAGAAGGUCGUGCCGCUGUUAGAAUUUUAGCAAUUCGUUUGUUGAGAGUUCUCUGCCAGAAAAUUCCCGAAGUGAUGCUCCAACAGUUCCGUGAACAAAUUCUCAAUACAGUCUUCGAAGGACAGUUGACAAGCGAUCUAACAAUCAAAGUCCGAAAGGCAAAUCGACUGCUUUUGGAAGUUCUCGUUGAGAAGUUUGGUGUCGAUGUUCUCCAAAAAUACACUGACAAGCCCGACUGGUUGAAACAAAUGAAGAAUAUUGAAAAGCUUAGAAAACGUAAGAUCCGAAAGGCUGCAUCUGGCGAAGGAAUGGAACAAGAUGGAGACGAUGAUGAUGGUGUUAGUGCAAUUAGUGGUUCGAACGUGUCUGGAAAAACCGCUGGCGCUGAUACAAUCCUUGAACUACUCGAGGACUCCGAUGCCGAUAAUGAAAGUGAUUCAGAAGAGCAAUUAAUGAAAAAGUCCCGCGUCGGAAGUGUUUGGUUGAAAAAUGAAGGAGAUGGCGAUGUACCUAUGGAUCUUCUCGAUUCUUCGCGAAUGAUGGAUCAAAUCACAACUAUGAAUCCGGCUCUUCUUGAGAAGCGGAAGAAGAAGGCAUUGGAGAAGCGUCAAAAGGUCGAAGCAGGAUUCCAAUUCUCGAAAGACGGAAAGAUGAUUGUUCUUGGUGACGAUGAAGAAGACGAAGACAAAAAGCAGAUCGGAAAAAGGAAGAUGCGAAGUGGGUUCGAUGGUUUAGGAGAUGAUGAAGAUGAAGGAGCAAGAGGGAACAAGCGUGUCAAAGAGAACGAAAGUGACUCUGAAGAUGGAAUUAUGUCCGAUGACGACGAAGAUGAUGCACGGGAUGCUAAAACUUACAUUAGCAAAGCUCCAUCAUAUGGAGGAAAGGGUAUCUACAGGGAUACUUCUGGCAAGUCUCAAGUUGGCAGUUCAAUCGGAGUUAAAAAACAUCAACGUCAAAAGUCUGAUCAACAAAAGCAGAAACCGAAACAGAAAGGAGUUCAGCCGUAUGCUUAUGUUCCACUUCGAAACAAAACCGCUAAACAGGACGUUCGUCAAAUCCUGAAAGCUAAAAGGAAGAGUGGCAAAGGAAAGAAAGUCACUUUUUGA